AUGCAAGUCGUUCUUGGAGUUGGGCUGCUAGUGAAUGCCACGGUGGUUUCGAAUGUGCUUCCAGGGGCUUCGUCGUAUAUCGCCGCAGCGGGGUUUCCAACUUCAGCCUUUGAAUCUUACUAUGAAGCCCCAGCCUUACCAACCAGGGAGCCUCAGCCCAUAAUUCAUGAUCCAGUGCUGAAUAUCACUUUUCCCUAUGAGCUGACCAAUCCCGAUGUCAUUCACGAGGGCAAAGAUGCAGUUUACUUCCCUGAUCCCCGGGAAAACCUGCAUCCUGACCAGCAAGUUGCAUUGAUCGAUGAAAUCGUGGCUAAUGUCACUGCCAUUAUCAACUCGAUCACGCCAGACGACGAUCCAUGUUCAAAGUGCAAGCAGGCUUUGGCUGCGGCCAAGCCCGCAGCGCUGUUGACGCCGACUAGGGUCCCUGACGCUAUGGUCAGCAUGUGUAAGUCGUUUGAAUUCAAACCUGGUGAAGGCUGCGAAGAAAAGUUCGCAGAAAAGACGUUUGGCGCUAUCUGGACUCAAGUGCUUGCGCUGGCUGAUGUCGAAGGCUCUGAUGGUCAAUAUAUCUGCCAUUCAAUUUUAAAGGAAUUUUGUCCUCAACCUGAGACUCUUCCGCUUGAUACGACUGGCCUAUUUCCAAAGCCCAAGCCUGAGAAUACUAUGGUUCCAAAGGCAAGUGGCGAGCGCGUGAAGGUUCUCCACAUGUCUGAUUUCCACUUGGAUGCUCGAUUUAUGGUCAAUUCCGAGGCGAACUGUACGGCUGGAAUGUGCUGUCGCAGAGACAGCCAUAAUGAACUCUCAGAUGACGUUCUUAUUCCCGCCUCUGCGUAUGGCGCCUUCAAGUGCGAUACGCCGUAUGAUCUAGCUCUUGCGGCAUUGCAGGCUGUAGGACCUCUCACUGGCACUGGUAAGGGUGAUUCCGAGGAGUCCCUGGCAUUUACUAUGUACACUGGUGACUUAGGGUCGCAUGAUCCUGAAAAACAAGAUUCUAGGGCAUAUCUCGAAUACAUCGAGACAAGUGUCUUCGGAAUGUUCAAGCAGUAUCUCACCGGCCCUGUAUUUGCCGCUUUGGGAAACCAUGACUCAAGUCCGUCUAAUAUUGCCUCCCCAUACAGUCUCCCAGGACGUUUGGGAGAGCAGUCUAGUUGGAACUAUAAGCAUGUGGCUGAUCUCUGGAAACAUGAGGGGUGGAUUAGCCAUGAGACAAGUGAAGAGGCAGCGACACACUAUGGUGGUUACUCCAUAAAAACCCACUAUGGAUUAAGGAUUAUCGUAUUCAAUACUGACUUCUGGUAUAAAGGCAACAUCCUCAACUUUAUCAACACGAAAAACCCCGACAACUCGGGAAUUUUUUCAUGGAUGGUUAACGAGUUACAAAAGGCCGAGGAUGCAGGCGAGCGCGUCUGGAUAAUAGGCCACGUACUCAGCGGCUGGGACGGUGCGAACCCACUGCCAAAUCCCACAGACCUCUUCUACCAAAUAGUGGAACGCUACUCGCCGCAUGUAAUAGCCAACAUAUUCUGGGGUCACAACCACGAAGACCAAUUCACAAUAUACUACUCCAACAAUGGCACGCUACAGACCUCAGAAACCGCCCUCUCGACAGGCUGGGUCGGGCCAAGCGUGACGCCCCUAACGAACGUGAAUAGCGGCUUCCGUUUAUAUGAAGUCGACACAGGCGACUUCAACGUCUAUGAGGCAUACACUUUUUACAGUAAUGUAUCCGAAUACACGCAUCUAUCCGACUCUGGCCCAACGUUCCAAUUCGAAUAUUCUACCCGCGACACGUACGGCCCUGCUGCAGGGUGGGACGAAGAUGCGCCGCUGAACGCAACCUUCUGGCAUCGUGUUACUGAGGCUAUGGAGGAGGACUUGGACUUGGUUUCUCUUCAUAAUACCUACCAGGGAAAGAUGAGCGUUCACAGUCCUAACUGUACUACGCGUGUGUGUCAGCAGGCGAAGAUUUGCUAUAUGCGUAGUGGCAGUUCGGCUCUUGGUUCGCUGUGUCCGCAAGGUUAUGGCUCUGUACAAAGUCCGUUUAAGCCAGCGAUAUCGUGA